AGUCUUGAUUAAAUAAGUGGUUCACCCUCAGGUUAAUAAAACAGUCAAUUUAUCUCAACAUAUCUAAUUGCUGAUUUAUGAAACAUUAUUUUUUGUCAGUUAUUUUGAAAGUUUUCCAUGACUUGAUGACAACAUGUGUGUGUGUGUGUGUGUGUGUGUGUGUGUGUGUGUGUGUGUGUGUGUGUGUGUGUGAAAAGAAGUACAGAUAGAGUAAUAGGACAAAAAAUCAAAAAGCUGCCUGAAGCCUUUAAACAAAGAGCACUUUGCAUUUCCCAGGGGAUAAUCUGCAUGCUUCAGGAAAAGCCGAUCAUCAUCUCACUUCUCACCUGUGUCAAUCUCUGAGAGAUGUCUGUUUUUUCAGAGAUGACUGUGAAAGAGCAUACUUGGAUUGCACUGCACUGCAUAAGUCUGAAAAAGAAAAGUGGUCAGUUUCUUUUAAGACUUACUGAGAUCCUACUCUUCCUUGGAUCUAGACAGGUGGUACGGGCUCGGCUGGAGGAGCGAGGUGUGGUGGUGCGCGAUGUGAAGCUGAACGGCUCGGCUGCCAGCUAUGUUCUGCAUCAGGACACUGGCCUGGGCUACAAAGACCUGGACCUCAUCUUCGGCUUGAGUCUGACCAAUGACAAGACCUUCUGUCUGGUGAAGGACGUGGUCCUGGACAGUCUCAUUGAGUUCCUGCCAGCUGGCGUGAACCGUGACCGCAUUACAGCCCUGACGUUGAAGGAAGUCUACGUGCAGAAACUUGUGAAGGUAUGCAAUGACACAGAUCGCUGGAGUCUCAUAUCUCUCUCCAACAACACUGGCAAAAAUGUAGAGCUGAAAUUUGUGGACUCCUUGCGACGGCAGUUUGAAUUCAGCGUGGACUCCUUUCAAAUUGGCUUAGAUUCUCUGUUACUUUUUGACCGCUGCUCCGAGACACCAAUGUCUGAGAGUUUCCACCCCACUAUACUUGGAGAAAGCAUGUACGGAGACUUUGCUGAAGCACUGGGGCACCUACGUGCCAAAAUCAUCGCAACGCACAGUCCAGAAGAAAUCCGUGGAGGUGGGCUCUUGAAAUACUGCCACCUGUUGGUGAGGGGAUUCCGUCCAGCCUCUGAGACACAGAUGAAGGCCCUCCAGCGCUACAUGUGCUCACGAUUCUUCAUCGACUUCCCGGACAUCAACGAACAGCGACGGAAGUUGGAGGCAUACCUGCAGAACCACUUUAAUGGCAUGGAGCACAAGCGAUAUGAUUGCCUCAUGACUUUACAUCAGGUAGUGGAUGAAAGCACCGUUUGUCUUAUGGGCCAUGAGCGGAGACAGACUCUCACGCUCAUCUCAUCUCUAGCGCUACGUGUGUUGGCCGAACAAAAUGCAAUUCCUGCACUGUCUAAUGUCAUAUGUUACUACCAACCAGCACCGUACGUCAGGGACGUCAACUUCAGCAACUACUAUGUAGCACAUGUUCAUUCACCCAUUUCCACCUGUAACAACUCCUAUCAGACAUGGCUGCCUUGUAGCUGAGCCAGGAAGGGACCAAAAAUACUGGGGAAAAUAUUUGUAGCCUUCAGAUGGUGUUUGGGUGGACUGUUUGGUUUGAACUCUCUGACUUUCCUGGGUGAUUCCAACGUCGCUAUCUACUCCGGUUAAAAUAACUGCUGUACUGCAAAAUUAACCAAUCUGUCCUAAGUCCUUUCAGACACUUGAUUAUGAUUUUUGAAAGGAUUUUGGCCAAAACAGAUGAAAAGUUAUGGACGGACAGCGGACACAGGAAAAUGUCUAAAGCACUUCUCUACUCUAUGUUCAUGUGUAACCCAUUCAUGUUUUAUAAUUGAAAUGUUUUUAAAUUAUAACAUACAGCUUUUUUGAAUUUAUUAUAAAAAAAUAAAUAAAAAAAAAACGGGGAGACUGUUCAGUUCUUACUGUGGUUUCCUACUGUCCUUUUUUUUUUUUUUUUUUUUUUUUAAACUGAGGACCAAAGACAUUAGAUGUAGCAGUUUAAGUGCUAUGUUCCUUCUGUGACUUCAAGUGCCUGAAAACAACCACAAACCCAAAUGUAUGUAAAUAAAAA